CUCUCCACAAAAUUGUCCGGCGGUUCGCACUUCGCAGUGGAGGAGGAGAGUCAGUCCGAUGGCUCGUCCUCUAAGGCGAAGGGCAUCCCUCUCAUUUCUCAAUGGCCUAAAACCCCUGAUUUUCUAUGUUACGCUUCUCCUAUCGCUUCUGUGCUCUGCAGGAACGGGAAGAGAAGGAAUUGCUGAAGAAGAGCUGUUCUUGGAUAUAUUGAGAGAUGAGGCUGUUGAUAGAAUUUAUCAGCUAGGAAAGGUAUCAGAUGCUGAUAAUUAUCUUGAGAGGACAUUUUUAAGCCCUGCCUCCAUGAGAGCUGGAAAUUUGAUUCAAAAAUGGAUGGAAGAUGCUGGGUUGAAAACGUGGGUGGACUAUAUGGGCAACGUACAUGGUAGAGCUGGAGGAGUGAAUGCAACUGCAGAGGCUUUGCUGAUUGGAUCUCAUAUGGACACUGUCAUUGAUGCUGGAAUGUUUGAUGGGUCACUAGGUAUCAUUUGUGCAGUAUCUGCUUUGAAGGUUUUGAAGGUCUCUGGAAAGCUUGGGAAACUUAGUCGACCAGUUGAGGUGAUUGCCUUCAGCGAUGAAGAAGGUGUCAGGUUUCAAACUACCUUUUUGGGUAGUGCUGCUAUGGCUGGUAUUCUCCCUGCAACAGCGUUAAAAAUAACAGAUAAAAGUGGUAUUUCAGUGCAAGAUGCUCUCUUGGAAAAUUCUUUUGAGGCUACUGAAGAAAGUUUCGCUAAGGUCAAGUAUGACCCAGAUUCAGUCUUUGGUUAUGUUGAGGUACACAUUGAACAAGGUCCAGUGCUCGAAUCGCUUGCUUAUCCUCUUGGUGUUGUUAAAGGAAUUGCUGGACAAACAAGACUGAAGGUUACAGUUGAAGGCUCUCAAGGCCAUGCAGGCACUGUUCCAAUGUUUAUGCGCCGUGAUCCAAUGGUUGCUGCUUCUGAUCUAAUUGUUCUUUUGGAGUCGCUUUGCAAACAUCCCCAAAAUUUCUUGUCAUAUGAUGAGCAAUAUGAUGGAAUUCCAACAGAAUCAUUUGCAGCCUUGGUCUGUACAGUUGGUGAAAUAUCUUGUUGGCCAAGUGCAAGCAACGUCAUUCCUGGACAGGUAUAUUUUACUGUAGACAUACGAGCCAUGGAUGACACAACCAGGGAAGCUAUAGUACUUGAAUUCUCGCACAGAGUUAAAGAAAAAUGUCAGAGUAGGAGGGUAAAUUGUACCAUUGAGCAUAAGCACAAUGCGAAAGCAGCAUACUGUGACAAAGAACUAAGUCUGCAGCUACAACAAGCAGUUCAUUCCACUGUUAGCAAAACCCCAUGGAGCAUUCGGGAAGAUGUGCCUGCACUAAUGAGCGGUGCAGGUCAUGAUGCAAUGGCCAUAUCUCAUUUAACUAAGGUUGGCAUGCUUUUCGUGCGGUGCCGCGGAGGGGUUAGCCAUUCCCCUGCUGAACAUGUAUUAGAUGAUGAUAUUUGGGCUGCUGGUUUGGCUCUCCUGCAAUUCCUGGAGCAAAAUGUUUUAUAUUAAUGGCACAAAGACCAUCAGUGGAAGUUUAAGGUCAGGCAACUUUUGUUGCAUGCAUUAUUUUGUUUUUUCUUGUUGUUUCUGAAAGUGCGCCCAUCAUCUCUAAACCAAUUUGUAUAUAAAUAAACAUUUAGUUAUUUAUUCAAGUAUGCAAUCUUUUUUGAGAUGCAGUGUACAUGACUACCUUAAUUAUGGGUUCUCUAUAAAAAGUUUGAUAAGCUUGUAAAAAUGAAAAAAACCUUUAAGAUAAAAUCGGCUCGGGAUAUUCGAGCACCUCGGCACUACAUAGUUCGCUUGAAGAAAAGAUAGCAUAACAAUGCAGCAUUCAAGAUCUGGCGCUACAGUGUUGUCAAGCAAAUUGAAGGUUGUGCGUAGAGCGCUGCGGCUCUUCAAACUGGCAUCGUAGCGCUGCGAGGUUGGUUGAACAAUUUACUUUCUCGUUUUUCUUAAAGGUGGUAUCUUUUGGUGGUAUGUAUUGUAUUUCUUUAUAAUUAUUGUAAUUAUAGUAUUAAAAAAAUUAUUGUAUUUC